AUGGUAAGGAAUGGCUUCUAUAAUAGUCCAAAGUUUCUGUGGCAUCUACUUACACUAUAGGGGAAUCAAUAUCGUCUUUAGAUAUAAGUCAAGACUAUACAGCUGCAGGUUUAUUGGAUGAAACAGUGGCAUUAUGGAAAGAUAAAACUGGAAGGACACUUUUUAGGGAUUGUGGAUGUAAAAUUCUCAAAUAAUGGCGAAUUGCUUGCAGUAAGUUCAUUAGAUAGCGUUAUACGUAUUUGGGACUUAAAGAAGAGUAUUAAAUCGAGAGAAAUUGCCUGUGAUUAAAUGGAGAAUUGGAAUAUUUGUUGGUUGAAAGAUUACAUUUGUACUGCAGGAGAGGGAGGCAGAUUAUCCAUCUUUGGUUUGGAUCAAAAUCAAGAAGAAAUUCCAGUGUUUUCAGUAGAGAAUUCAUUCGCAUCAGCUUUGGCUGCAAAUAAUUCGAAUAUUGCUGUAGGAACAGAUAGUGGAUCAUUGCAUAUUGUCGAAGAUCCUAUUGAAAAGAGAAAAUUACAUUCGAAAAAAAUUCAUAAGAAAAUGGUGAGAUCUGUUAAAUUUAGUAAUGAUGGUUUCAAAGCCUUUUCAAGCUCAGAUGAUGGAGAUAUUAAACUUACUGAUUUAACUAAAAUGAAGGAGAUUAAAACAUUUUAACACCACUAUUCUGUUAAUUCUAUUGAUGUUAAUCCAAUAGAUGAUAAGCUAGUUGUCAGUUGUUCAUCUGAUUACAAAGUUAGAUUAUGGGAUACAUCAUCUGGAUAAUGUAUUGAAUAAUUUAACCCCUUUGACAAAAAGGAUGACAAAUUAUGGGCUGUUAGGUUUAAUAGGGAUGGAUCUCUUAUUGGAGUGUGCUCAUAACAAGGUUAAUUAAGCUUCUAUAGUAGAAAUUGAAUUGUUAGAAUAAUAAAAGUGUUAUAACCAAAAUG